UUUGUGACUCUUUGCGUGAUUACAAUGGGAUCAAAGGCGAAAGAGCACAAAACAAAAGCCCUGAGCUUGGGCUUGGAACUAAAAUACAAUAGAACAAAUGUGGAAUACUUUGGCUUUGUUCCAGGACAAACCCAGAUGUUGAUGGUAAACUCGACCAAGGUGUUUAAAAACGUGUUUUUGGACAAUCGAAUUGAGAACGCAGACUCAAACCGAACUAUUUAUAAUAUCAAAAACUUAGCCAUCUGUAGCUUUUUAAACAAUCGCUUGAUGUCCAAAGUUUACUCGGUGAUCUAUGAAGGAUUUGUAGGUAACUCCACGGUUUUCAGAUGCCCAGUCCAGCCAGGUGUUUACUACCUAAGCAAUAGUGUCAGAGAAGUCGAAGUGCCCAUGUUUCAUCCACCUGGAAUGUUUCGAUUGACCGUCAGACUAAAUGCUGAAAAGGAUGGCAAUAUGCUCACAGUGCUCAUGUGGCGAUAUCGUGUUAGGCGUAUAUGA